AUGUCAUUCGCCCUCCCUUCUAUCCGCUCCGGCUACUCCCCUUCGGCAGUAGCAGGUCCCUCUCGACUUCGAUCAUUCUCCACCUCCCAAGUCCACAGCGUAUCAAAGCGUAAGCUCAUCGCUAAAAGACGUAAAGCCGCCAACCUCGAACUUCAAGCUUCUAAAGUAAUCAAACCCGAGUCGAUCGAUCCAGUACUAGGAAGAGUCAACUAUAGAGCUCCAUCUUCACGUACACUAUUUGCUCAAGCUCAAUCUUCAUCAUUUAGCGGAACUGGAAUUACGAGUUCGAGUUUACCUCCUAAACCAGAGAACGAAUGGGAUAACUCAAAGCUCAAGGGAGUUUUAUUGAACUACGAUGAAAUCGCUUAUUCACCUCCACCGAAUUAUACCCAAGGGGAAAGACCAAAACACUUGUUACCUGGUAUAAGUAAAGCGGAUGAAGAUCUUUUAUUCGGAGCUUUACCUCAUAUCUCGACUGAAUUGAGUUAUUCAACUUCGAAUAACCGUAGUGGUAACGGAAGUGAGAUAGCAGUAGAGGAAGAACAGAAUAAACAAUCUGAGAUGCUCAUGAGGAUAUUAGAUUUGAGAAACUCCUCGAAAUCAGCUGUGAACGUUUUAAACAGACAGAGGGUGAUUGAUGCCUUUGGACAAGGAAAAGAUACGGGUAGUUCAAGAGUACAAGCCGCCCUACUCACUUCCAAAAUCCAUAAUCUACUCUCUCACACGGUCCAAAAUCCUAAAGACACCUCCAACAAGCGAUCUUUGAGGUUGCUCGUACAAGAACGAGCAAGACAUUUGAAAUACUUCAAAAGGACAAAUUCAAAAGAGGACUAUGAUCACUUAUUGGCCGAUUUGGGAUUAGAAUCAGGUGCCGUAGAAGGAAAAUUGAAAUUUGCUUUUUAG